AUGGAGGUGGAGUUGCAAUCGUAUAAGAAGGUGUCGCUGAGGAUCAUAAUCAGUGCUUGUUUUCCAAAGAUUAUAAUGAGUGUGGUUGGACUUGAUAUUGGGAAUGAGAACUGUGCUAUUGCAGUUGCAAAGCGUGGUGGAAUCGAUGUGUUAUUGAAUGAUGAAUCGAAGCGCGAGACGCCUGCUGUGGUGUCAUUUGGUGAGAAGCAAAGAUUUUUAGGUUCCGCAGGUGCUGCAUUUACUACUACAAAUCCGAAAUCAACUAUUUCUCAAAUCAAGAGAAUGAUUGGAAAGCUUUAUAAUGAUCCAAGUGUGCAAGAAGAUCUUCGAUUGCUACCUUUUGACACCAGUGAGAGCUCCCAUGGUGGUAUCUUGAUCCAUGUAAAGUACUUGAGUAAGAUAUGGACCUUUAAGCCUGUGGAUAUUUUAGGGAUGCUAUUCGCACAUCUGAAGAAAGUGAUAGAGAAGAACACAGGGUCCCCAGUUAUAGAUUGCGUGAUUGGAAUUCCAUCGUAUUUUACAGACUUUCAAAGGCGUGAAUACCUUAAUGCUAUUCGCACAUCUGAAGAAAGUGAUAAGCCACUAAUGUUGAUGUUCAGGAUAUAUUUCCUUUCUCAAUUGGACUCCGUUUCCAUGAUGGUGAAAACAAAAGACACCAAGAGUAUAAUCCUUUUCCAAAAGGCAUUCCAUUUCCAUGUAACAAGACACUUCCAUACCAUGGAUGGAUUAAAUGUUAUUGUCAGUUCUUCUACACCAACAACACGGGCUUCCUUGUUGGAGUAUCACUUGAUAUUGAUUGGUCCUUCUCAACCUCCGAUUGCAGAGAAAGUGGUGCUCAAAGUUAAAAUGCAUCUUAACAUCAAUGGAAUUGUUGAAAUUGAAUCUGCAUUAUUGAUUUUAGAAGAUAAAAACCUGGACAAAACUCUUACUGAUCGCAAACACACUGGCUCAAGCCUCUCAACUUCACAUUAUACUGGGGAAGCAAGAAAAGGUUGGGUCAGGAGGCAAAACGUUCCAGUUUCUAAGAAUUUGAAUGUUGUGAUAACGAAAGAUGAGCUAAAUGUAGUUCAAAGGAGAUUACAAAUGUUUGAAGAACAUGAUAUAAAAGUGGAGAAAACCAAGGAAAUAAGAAAUAUCCUAGAGUCUUUUAUCUAUGACACUCGUACCAAGUUUCAGAGUUCUUAUCGUAGUGUCACUACAGAUUCAGAGGCGGAAGAAAUUAUUAAAAGGCUGCAAGGAACAGAAGACUGGCUAUACGAAGAUGGUGAUGAUGAAUCUGAACAAGUCUAUAUUGGAAAACUCGAAGAUCUCAAAAAGUUGUUACAUCCAAUUGAAAAUCGAUACAAGGAUGAAACAGCUAGAAAAGAAGUAACGAAAGCUCUGCAUACUUGUAUUCAAGAAAACCGUUUUCCUGCAGAUUCACUACCCCCUAGCCACAAAAAAGAGGUGAUUGAUAAAUGUACUCAAUCUGAGUGGUGGCUGACUAAUCUUUCUAAGCUUCAGGAUUCAUUGGCCAAGAACGCGACCCCCAGUUAUUGCUCGAGUGCCAUUAGUGGAAUUAUGCAAGCCUUUAGAAGUAGGUACAAGGCCAUAAUGAGAUCGAAACCUUCACUCCCAAAGUGCAAUGAAUCUGUGGACUCUGAUCGUAAGCGUGAUCCUGAUGGUAUGCUAACUGAUUGUUGAUGUGGGUCUUUUUGGAUUGGUGGGAUCAAACACACAAUCUUCUAGUUAAUUUUCUUUCAUGAUUUCUGUUUUUGGAGUUACAAUGCUUAUGUUUGUUUUUGGGAAUUCAUAUAUGUAUUAGACAUAUAGCCAGG